AUGGCCACAUCUCGGACGAGACAUACGAGGACACACAUAUGCUAUGGAAUCGCCAUUACCUUCAUUGGUAGUGUCAGCUUCACGAUUCUGUUUGAGAGGAAAUUUCAAAGUUUCCACAAGCCGGAUCCAGGGUUCAACUCAUGUCAUGAUUCAGAUAUUGAGGGAGAUGAGAUGAAUAAACUGGAGAGUGAACUGUUCAUAGAAGAGCUACAGAAGGAUGAGUUAACUUCUGACGUCAGACGUCUUUCCUCGGGGAAAAACUCAAGACUGCAUCUCGACAGACGUGCUGUCGCACUGGGAGAAGUGUUCAGGAUCCGAAUCCAUCUAUAUGACGACUACAACCAGCCGUUACACAGAGGGGGAGAUUUACUAGCGGUACUGAUGGACAACACCACCCUCGGAGCAACUUCCGUUGGACGCGUCAUUGACCAUCGGAAUGGAAGCUACACCGCCAUGCUUCGGGCGAUGUGGAGAGGAACGGCGACUAUUUCUGUUACUGUCCUGUGCGGCCGUGAGGCAGUGUCAACUUACAUGAGGCUAAUGAACCCUUUAACAGAUGUUCAGAAGGUUUUCUGUGUGUUUGAAUUUGAUGGGAUGAGAACUGAAACGAUUGGUUAUCCAUCACCUGAUCCCCUUGAAGAAGAUGUUUGUAACAUGACAAGUGAAAAUUAUGGUUUGGCCUGGUACUGCGUGAAACCAGAUAAACGAUUCUUGUGUUCCGACUGGGUGAAGAUUACAAAAGCUAGGCUACCUUCUGAUAAGACGUCAAGCAAGGAAAUGUUCUAUAAGAGUGCUAGAACGGAGAAGACGCUCCAUGUCAAGACAAUCCAGGUUUUUGGACGUCAUGACAUCAUCGUCGAUGAAAGACAAACGCGUCACCGAAACACCAUCAGCAGCACGUGGAAAAAGUUUGUUCCAGAAGGAUUCCUGUACAAGGGCCAGUGGUACAUCAUGCCAAAACCACUGGAAAUUAGCGUUAACUCUCUAACGAAGUGUCUUUCAAACCGAAACCUACUUCUGUUCGGAGACUCGACACUUAGGCAGUUCUAUUCCCACCUGUUCAAGAGGCUUCAGAUGGAGUCUUUAACAGGGAACUGGACUACAGAACAGUGGCACAGACAGAGCAGGAGUCAGAGGGAAGACCUCAACUUCAAAAUGAGCUGGACACCCCAUGAGCUUCCGUUAUACUUCGGCGAUGCCACCCGAGCUACAGCCAGACCAGUGUAUGUCAAUGUUGAUGAAAUACCAAGUGGAUCUAAUGAUCUUGUUGUCAUACAUAUGUAUGCCCAUUUUACCAACCACCAGCCCCAUGUGUACAGAGAAAGUAUUCGACGUACAGCUAAUGCAGUAAAACGGCUGUUACAAAGGUCUCCCAAGGUUAUUGUAGGUAUCAAAGGACCACACUACUAUACAUAUCCCGACAACCUUGCUGGAGGUUGGAGUCACAUCUAUGACACCAUUAUCAGAGAGGAAUUCCGAGACGUAUCGUCAAAGGUUAUCUACAUAAAUGCAUGGGAUGUCGUUUUGGCGUCCAAGGCUCGUGAACUUCAUCCCGUGGCCUGGGCAGUUGAAGCAACAUUCAACUCGUUUCUCAAUGAUGCUUGUUAA